AUGGCAACUCCAAACCCAAUGGCUAAUACGUACCCUAUACCUCCCUUACCGGUUUCGAAGAAGACAGUCUGCAUUGCGGGCAUCAUUACGACAGUGUACGGUCUUGACGAAUUAGAUGCAAAAGUCCAAGAUGUGGCAUGCUUGUGGCUCCUCCAUCCGCGGCUACAAACACAAGAAUGCAUGGCGCCCGUGGCUGCCUCGACCGUCAAUGCUUGGAGAGAAGAAAAGCAAAAGCCGAAGAAAGGGAAGGCGUUGGGUCUCAUAUGCGUUUCAUUUGACCAGAGGAAUCACGGCUCGAGAGAAGUGGAUGCUCUCUCGAAUGAAGCUUGGAGGAGUGGGAACAAGACGCAUGCUCAGGACAUGUUUGCAAGCUAUCACGGGACUGCAAUUGAUACAUUUCAUCUUAUGAACUAUAUCACCUCCUACGUAUUCCCGACAUCACAGCAUGUGAUUGUAAACCAUUUGGUGUUGGGAGUGAGCCUUGGUGGCCAUGCUGCAUGGCAUUGCAUAACACAUGAUCCUCGAAUCACCACUGCAGUUGUCAUCAUUGGUUGUCCUGACUACGUCCGCCUGAUGUCUGAUCGAGCUCGGCUCUCAAAGCUUGCAACGUGGACGGACAGUGACCCUCCAGGAUCGUCAUUCUUAGGAUCAACGGAUUUUCCGAAAGGCCUUGUGGAAGCCGUGGAGAGGUAUGAUCCUGCGGGAUUGCUUUUGGGUGAGAUUGUGUCUCGCGAUGACGAUGUAUACGAUUGGGUUCCUACUGCCUCAGAGCAACAGAGACUACUGCCAUUGAUGAAAAGGUCUUUGCAAGGGAAACGGAUAUUAAAUAUGGCGGGUGGUGAUGAUAAGUUGGUCCCAUACAAGUGUGGAGAGCCGUUUCUACGAUGGCUCAAAAAAGCCACUGCUUCUGAUGGAUGGUUUAAUGAAGGCGGAGUCGUGUUCGAAGAUAUCGUCUUCGACGGUGUAAGCCACGAUAUGAACCCAAGCAUGGUCAGAGAAGCGCAUCGAUUUAUUAUAGAAGCAUUGGAACAGACGCCUACAGAAAUCGCGGGACGCGCGUCAAAGAUAUGA